AUGUCACCCAUCAACAACGGCAGCCUCAGACCUCCCGUGUUCCUCCUGGUCGGCAUACCGGGGCUCGAAUCCAUGCAGCACUGGCCACACCGCCUCGCUACACUGCCCAAAAUGCUGAGUGUCUUCUGGCUGGGUGAAAGGGCGAUCAAGUUCCAUGCCUGCUUCACCCAGAAGUUCUUCGUCCAUGCUUCCUCGCUGGUGGAGUCGGGUAUCCUGGUGGCCAUGGCGUUAGACCAUUAUGUGACCAUCUGCAACCCCCUGUGGCAUGCCGACAUCUUGAAAAUCAGUAUGGUGGCCAAGAUAGCGCUGCUGGUCUUGGUCAGAGGCCUCAUUGUGAUAUCCCCCUUCCCCUUGCUCCUCAUGGAUCUUCCUUUCUGCCAAGCCUACAUCAUCCCCCACUCCUACUGCGAGCACAUGGCCUUAGUGAAGCUGGCCUGCGCAGACACUAUGGUCAAUGCAACAUACAACGUGGUCAUGACCACGUUAGUUGUGGGGAUGGAUGGCAUGUCCAUUGUUGUGUCCUAUGUGGUGAUCCUCUGGGCCGUCUUCAUCCUCCCUUCCACCCAAGCCCGGCUCAAGGCUCUCCGCACCUGCAUGUCCCACAUCUGUGUCAUCCUCAUGUUCUACUUUCCUGGGCUCUUCUCCUUCCUGGAGCACCGCUUAGGCCAGAGUGUUCCUCUCCCCAUCCACAUCCUGCUGGCCAACCUCUACAUCCUGUUACCACCCAUGCAGAACCCCAUUGUGUACAAGAUGAAAACCAAGCAGAUCCGCAAUCAAGUGACCAGGGUCUUCCAUGUGAGGGGUCCCUGA